AUGAAAGAUAAUGUCGACAAUAAUGAAGACCCCACGUCUACUAGCAGUAGCAGUAGCAUCGCUGAAGUCGAAGACGAUUCCUUUUUUGACAACGCCGAAAAAGAUUUAAAUUCCUCUAUUUGCCCUGAGUCCAAUCAUGGUGUUACUGGUGACAAGGACGAAAACUUCACUCCCUUGAAACUUUCCAGUUCUACUUCAGAAGCAAAGUUGGAUAAAAAUAAAGAUCUGGUAUUUGAUACGACAAGAAAGUUCCCAACUGACCGUGGUCAUUUUAAGGAAAACAUAACAGAUUGUGAUUUGAAAAUAAUGGUUAUGCAUCACGAGUCAUGCAGACCGACAGGACCUUUCGAAUAUGAAGAUGAGGAAGGGAAUUCAAUAGUGAAUUUCAGUGCCAGAUACUACAAUAAGUAUAUUGAUAAUAUGUCAAUACAAAGACUUUGGUUAUGCUAUUCAAUGGAACUGCAAAAACCUUAUUGCGAAGUUUGUUGGUUGUUUGCUGAUCGUGCAUCACCAAAUUAUGAAAAUCAUAGAGGAUGGAUAAAUGGUGUAUCUGGUAGCUUGCAUAAUAUGCUUGAAAAAAUUAAGAGGCACGAAGCUUGCAACAUGCAUAUUCAGGCAACUGCAGUCUCAAAACGAGUUAAUAGAACUUCUAGCAAAAACUGUCACAGUUUCUUUGGUUCACAAGAUCAAUGCUUCGCCAUUUUGGGCUCUCAUUUUAGAUUCUACUAGCGAUAUAACUAGAAUUGAUCAAUUAAGCGUUAUAAUACGGCGGGUCCAGAUAUAUGGGGACAAGUGCAGUAUUGAAGAAAACUUCUUGGGUUUUGUAAAAUUAGAUGAUGCAACGGCGAAUGGAAUAGUAUCAACCACAAAGGCGUUUCUGCAAAGUCUUGGUAUUAACUUUUCAAAAAUACGUGGACAAGGGUAUGACGGCGCAAGCGUAAUGAGUGGUAUUCAUGCUGGCGUGCAAACGUUGAUUAAAAGUAUGGUUACUGCCCCAGUUCCUUUCGUUCAUUGCGGCAGUCAUAAUUUGAACCUGGUAAUCAACGAUGCUGUCAAUUCAGUUGUAGAAAAUGAGAAUUUCUUUGGACUAUUAAGGGAACUAUUUAGCUUUUUCGCACCUAGCCUGCGAACAGGCUCACUGGGAGAAAGGUGAGCCUGCAUGGAACCAUGCGUUUUAUUCAAUCAUCCCCUUUUCGCAUCUGCUAAACGCGAACCAAUCAGCGUCGACUGCGAUAAAUAAACUGUCAACUGUCAAAUUGACGCAAGGCGUGUACAUUGUGCAACGAAGAAAUACUGAAUAUUAAAAUGUAUACAUAAUGUAUAUAUCUGUGGUAUAUAUGAACAAUAAUACAAAGCAUUAGCGGGCCGCACAAAAUAUUACUCGGAAAAAUAUAGAAUUCUUCAAAUAUUAAAUAGAUAUCGAUACACAUACAAAUAUAAAGCCGAAUAAAAUACUACCAUGCAUUGGCAUUGAAUCAAUGUACAGUAAUACUUGUACUAUGUGCGACUGAAAGAACAAUGUUCUGAAUAUUUGAAGCUAUUACUAAAAUACGGUCAGAUAGAUUGGGAUUUGGAAUACCGAAUACGUCUAAAAUUUUACUAACUGUGGACUAAAUAAAUGAUAAAUGAGCAUGUAUUUAUUAAUUUCUUCGAAAUCACGAGUGUGCCAAUAGUGGAAGCAUAGUGGUGGAAGCCGUAUCGACGACGAAAUUAGCCGAAUUCAUAUUAGGGACGGGAAACUCGUCUUAGACGGGAAACUCGUCUGCGAAAACCCGUCUGAGUAUGAAUUUAGGGACGGGUAAAUUCGAAUUUAAGACGAGUUUCCCGUCUAGACGAGAUUCCCGUCUAACUUUCCCGUCUGUUUAGACGGGUAAGUUAGACGGGAAAGUUCAGACGGGAAACUCGUCUGCGCCCGGAUUCAUAUUAGACGAGUUUCCCGUCUGAGACGAGUUUCCCGUCUAAGACGAGUUUUCCGUCUCUAAUAUGAAUUCGGCUAUUCAGCAGUUUAUACAGUAAAUAGUACAGCGUUUAAUGUACGAUAUAUAUUUAUAUCUAAAUGACAUGCCAGCGAGGAUCAACAAUAUAAUUAUUCGUACAUAUUUGGGUAUCUUUUGUAUACCUUCGCUUGCUGACUUGCUCACUAAUGAGAAUAAUCCGUGAAGCCACGACGACCUCAAAAUGUACUAUACUAUAGUCUGAUGUCAAUCCGAAGACGAAGUUCAGAAUACUGUUAUAGUUUCCGUAUAUUGGAUAUAAGCGAUAGAUUCAAGUCAUUUAUGAUAGACUUUUUGCUGUGAUGCUUUCCUAUUGCUUUUGGUUUCCAUUUCUAGUUUUAUUUGUUCGAUAGUCUUAUAAUAUAUAAUAUUAAAAUGAAUAAAGUUCAAAUUCUUCAAAAUGCUGUUGUUGACAUUUGCUAUUUUUAGUAAUUUUGUCAACGAGUGUAAACCAAUCAGAAGCCUGCGUUUCUAUACGAACGCCACUACCAAGAAAACCUAUAGUUCCGUGCAGGCCCUCUAUUCUUCGCGCCGCCCGUAACCCAGGGCCUGUUCGCUGGCUAUUUCGCACCUUCGUUAAACAGAUGGAGAGAACUCGGUCUUGAAGCUGAAAAAGGAUCUCUUACGCUCAAGAAAUUAUGUACAACGCGAUGGAGUUCGCGAAUUGAUGCUGUACGGGCUGUUCGUGACAGGUAUCCACAUAUCAUGAGAGUAUUAACACGGUUGUCUUUAACAUCUACUAAUAAAGCAGAAAGAGAAGAUGCAAAACAAUUGAAAAACAAAAUAGAGAAACUCGAAUUUGUUAUAUUUAUCGUUAUGUGGGAGAGAGUUUUGCGAGCAAUCAACAGCGCUUCAAAAGAGUUGCAGUCGCAAAAGAUUGAUCUGUCCGUUGCAUCAAGGCUUUUAAACAGUGCAUUGUCGGAACUCGUGAUCUUAAGAAGUUCUUGGAACUCAGUUCUUUUAACUGCGACAGCAUUAGCCCAG